AUGAAACACUUGAUAUUCGUAUUUUUCGACAGCUACAAAGUCCAGACCAAUCCCAAGAAGCUUUUCAAAGUUGGAAGAGUUUUUGUUGCCAUUUGGCACGAGGGUAUGGGGAAUGCCGCGCCUCUGAGAGGAGGCACCAAAAGCCUUGCAAGUGAUCAUGAACUGAUGACAGUGGGAAAGUUCGGCACCAGGAUCUACACUGACAUCCGCCGCAUGGUGGUCUUCAAUGAAAUGGAUCAGUGUGCAUGGUGCUUCCUGGUGCACACCUACGGCCGCCUGGGAGUCGCCAAAGCGAGUGUGAAUCCCUCAAACCAUGCAGCCAUCUAUAUGGAAGACCAACAACCCAGGUACGGUCUCAACGAGCCAAAAACGACAAAGGAGACCAUUGAGGUGACCCCUGAGCCGUAUCAGAGACUACACGCCAUGUCUGGAUUGGAUUUUGGUAAAUUUAUACAGUCGAACAUAACCAAAAAGUUCUUCCAGUUGGGACCAUCAGCGAGAAAUCCAUAG